UCGAUUUCCCACCAAAUCUACUGUAUACAAACUAGAAAAAUUCCCUCAUGCUACGAUCGUAAUCACUGUCAAGGCAGUUACUGAGCCGUAUACAGCAAAGAGGAAAAUAAAGCCAUAGCCGGCAUAUUGCGCGAUCCUGUGGAGCGUAUACAACGCACAUAUAUCUCAGCCGUUAUGAUUAAAAAGCGCUGCCAUGUGAUGCAAGUGAUUUCGUGAAUCUGAGGGAAUAUGGAUUAAUUGAAGCACAGUGCUAUCUAGCGUUCCCCUCUUUAACAAAACAUGAUUAUGGAUCACUCCCACACAGCGCAUGUACACUAUGCAUCGCGCAGCCCAACAUUGCACUCUGGCUUACUAUCCGUGCACGCUCCCAAACGACGCGCAACGCGAACAUUUAGCGCAUCCACACAUAAUUCAUUUCAAAGUUCUCGUCGUCAUUCGGUGUGGAGGAAAUUCAGUACCAAUACUAUCGCCCUCAGUAUGGAGGAUAACGAAGGCAACGCUUUUGUUGGCGUUCCAACGGGCGCAAAUCCGAAAUUAUGGUUUGCACUGAUAUAUUCCACGUUUGUGCUAGCCGGAUGCCAUUUUGUGUGCGGAUUCAUCAGCAUUGGUGUUGGAGUCAUCACGACGAUAGCAGCGGAGCAAACUGUCUAUGCUCACACUGUGUCCCCCAUCUGGAGCGGAUUAUCAUUUGUAGUGGCGGGAUUUUGUGGAAUCAGUGCAGCGCGGAAGCGAACAGUGUACAUGAUACAUCUUUUCAUCGGGGUCUCGGUGUGUGCCAUGAUCCUGCUGUUAAUAAGUAUCCAGCUGUUACGACUGGGACUCGUCUACCACACCAACGACGGGAAUACAUUUCAGAAGGACCAGAAAGACAUUUGGAUCAUAAUUGCCCUGAGCGAUGCAGGCAUGGAGGGAUUCAUUUGUUUAAUUGCUGUUUUCACCAGCUGGAAAAUGGCACGGCUAGCGAACGUCCCGCCGGAGCCGGUUAAGGAUGAUGGACCGUUCCGUAUUCAAAUAACCAAAGGCGGCAGUCAUUACAUGACCAUGAGCAAAUACACCAAUAAGCGCAAGAUUUCCAGUUUAUAAUCCGAAUAUUAUCCGAAGUAUAUCUCUGCUCGUUGGGGUAACAGAACCGGUUUUUUUAGUAAAGAACAAAACAUCCAUUAUUUUCGUCGCUGUUUGAACUUGGGCUGCUGUAAUGCCACCUUGACAGAGCCCGGAAAGUUGCGCGAUAAAUCCUGGUCCUAAAAACAGACACAAAAUGACAUAACAUUUUAAACAGAUAAUCCAAGAUAUUUGCCUUGAUCGAUUUCAGUAUGUCCUUUUCUGUAGAUGUGGCCGUUUUGUCUCUAAUAAAUGCCUGAAAGCAAG